AUGUUCAACGGCCUCGCAGCUGAAAUUCCGUUAGACCACAUCGCGAACUUUGAGAGAGUCUGCAACUUCUCUCGCGCAAUGGAGUGCCACCAGACUACGUCAAAUGCACCCUGUUCCCAUUCUCUCUUGAUGGGAAAGCAGCUCGCUGCUCAGAGGCAUAAGAUCUCCAAUUUUAAGCAAAAGACUGACGAGCCCUUCUAUGAUGCUUGGGAGCGUUACAAGAAGUACCGAAGGGAAUGCCCUCACCAUGGGUUCGAGGACGAUUACAUACUGGAAGUGUUUUAUGAUGGAGUGAGCUAUGAGUUUCGAAAUGCUCUAGAUUCCUCGAGUUAUGGAGACUUCAUGACUCAAACAACACAAGGCGCAUUCGCACUGAUCGAGAAUAUGACGUCGAGCUCACUCAACAAGAACAAGGAGAACGAUCACUCUAAGACCGAGAACAUCAUUGAUGAUCUAGCGGCAAAGGUUGACCAGCUGAUUAAGGGCAAUCAGAGCCAAGUGUUUAUCAUGGAAGAAACCGCUUCAGAGAAUAGUGCAUCAGAUGUCACACCUGACGCAGAGAACACAGUGGACGAUCAACAAGAAGUGAGCUAUGUCACUGGACAAGGAUGGCAGUACAAGAACUACCGCCCGAACCCUAACGUGAGGAACAAUGCUCACCUCUUUGUGUAUCCUAAGCAAGACAAACUGGUUGACAACGCGCAUAACAUUCAAGGACAGAACACCGGGUAUCAGAAACCGUACCAAGGAAGAACAUAUGUUCUGAGCCAGGCGCAGCACAACCAGUUUCAGAACCAAAAGCAGCAAACUGCUCAACAAGCCGCUCCCUCGUCUAUGACUGCUCCGCAAGACGAAAUGAAGGGUCUAGCGACGAUGAUGCAGCAAUUUCUCCAGGGUCAACAAAUUCAAGGGAAAGCGUUGAAUCAAGUCACCAUAGACAUCAACUCCAGAAUGAACCACAUGUUCAAUGACCUGAGCACCAAAUAUGACAAUGUCACUAACCACAUGAGACAGAUGGACGUUCAGAUCGCUCAGACAGCUGAGAGCGUCAAGAGACAGCAAGUAGCACUAAGGAGUGGAAAGAGACUACCAGAUGCGAUCCCUAAGAAGCUAUCAGCGGAAGAGAAGGGCAAGCAAAAGGAGGGUGAGAAACCACAAUCCAAAGCUGUCCCUCUAUCUGACGGGGAAACGGAACAGCAUGCUGAGACUGAUCCGACCCCAUUCACUACACCUGUCGAGUCUGUUCCUCCGCGCGAAUACAUUCCCAAGGUUCCAUACCCUUUUCCCGCAAAGAUAUCUCGGAAGGAUCGUGAGGAGACAAAGUGUAAGAAGAUGCUAGAGGAUCUAACUAUCAAGUUACCUCUGAUUGAUGCCAUCCAGAUGAUACCUUCUAUGCAAAGUUUGAUGAAAGGUCUGGUCUCCGGUAAGAUAACUGGAGACAGUGAGUUAUUGUUAGUUUCAAAGGAGUGCAAUGCAGUGCUUCAGAACAGGCCGAUUAAGAAAUUGGGUGAUCCAGGCAAGUUUGUUCUCUUAAUACAAAUUGGGAAAACGGUGUUCGCUUGUUCCCUUUGCGAGCUGGGCUCCAGUGUCAACCUCAUGCCUUACUCCGUGGCAAAGCCACUGGGGUUCACAGACUUCUAA